AUGAUUGAAAUGGCUAAGCUUUUGCUUGGUGCCGGAGCGAACAUCAAUGAACCACCACAUGGCAGAGAUGGAAUGAGUGCGCUCCAAGCAUCGGUACAAUUUGAACACAUGGAGACUACUAAGUUACUUCUGGAAAAUGGAGCAAACCCCAAUGCGAUGGGAAGUAAAAUGCUUGAGUUUCCAGGGACAGCUCUCCUUGUCGCAGUAGAGAAGAACAACAUCGACCUUGUUAGACUCUUACUAGAUUUUGGAGCCAAUCCAUACACUGCGGCCCUCAGCGACCAUGACACAACCAUUCUCGAGGUUGCAAGAGAACAAGUCGAAGGACGUGCGAUUACUUCUUUGUUGGUUCAUGCAGGAGCCGAGGAAAAUUUUGAGUCUACUCGGUUCCAGAAAGAAAGAUGUAUGAAAUUGCAAUUACCACGAGCGGUUCUUAAAGGUGAUAUAAAGAAAGUUCAACACCCCGUGAAAAUGGGAGUGGAAUUGGAUAUGAAACCUAUUGAGAUUGGUUGGAGCACUGAACCUCUGGGUGCGCUCUGGAAUAAGUGGCACUGCGGCAGAAAAAUCACAAUCCUCCACUGUGCUAUGAUGCCCAAAAAUGAAUGCAUCCACCUUGGUACUACACUCGCGCGACGCGACUCUAUAUUUGUGUAUUUGGUUAAACAAAUUCCUGAUAUCAACGGGAACAAGGUCAGUUUUGCCGUCGAACCCAUCCUCUUUGAAGCAGUAUCUCAAGGGAAACAUGAUAUGGUGAUAUUCACUCUGGACGCAGGAGCGGAUAUCAACGUCAUUUCAGACGAGUAUUUUUGGAGAUACGAAUGUUUCACCGCUCUGCAUACCGCCACUUUUUAUGGUGACAUCAGAAUGACCAAGCUCCUUUUGGAUAGAGGAGCAGAUAUCAAUUUGAGAACACCUUCCAGGCCGACGCCAUUGCAGUUCUCUUUGGUCUGGCCAAAGAAUCCUACAACUGAGAUUCUUCUGGCCUGUGGCGCUGAUAUCAGAGCUCCAAGAAUCGAUUAUGAAUUCACUUUGUUACAAACUGCUGUUAUCCGAGCCACAAUAGACGGAGAUCCAACAGUUAUCGCUUUGAUCAACCGUUUGGUCUCAAUCGUAAAUGUUGACGAAUUUUCACGGAACGGCGAAACAGCGCUCGCUAUUGCAGCUAGCAGAGGCAAUCUAGAUCUGGUAAUUCUUCUCUUGGAUAACGGCGCUGAUGUGAAUGCUGUAGAUAGUGUGGAAAAAAGUCAGUAUUUUCGUCGUACAGCACUUGAAGCUGCGGCAUUUGAAGGCCAUAUUAAAGUUGCAGGGGUUCUGAUAGCCAAAGGGGCAUGUGUGAAUUUUCAAAGAAGUCAGAGGAAUGAGUCCGCGCUGGGACUAGCUGCUGCUCUAGGAAGGCUAGACAUGGUACAAUUCCUUAUCAACGCUGGUGCAGACCUACAUCUUCCUCUAAAUAGGCGGUAUAGCUAUGCACUGAAAGUUGCGAAAGAAAAUGGAUAUUUUGGGAUUGUAUCUAUAUUGCAGAAGUACCGGGAUGAGGCAAUGGAGGAAUGGGCGCAAAUUCGAUUGUUGGAAAUGGGCUCAGGAGACGAGGGAGAAGGGUAUUGA